AUGGAAGAAAUAAACACAUGAAUUUCCUUAAAAAAAAUAUAAACAAAUGAAUUUGGAAACUUCCUUCUCUAUAUAAAUGACGAAACUCUAAAGACUAUUGAAAACUCAACAGCACUACUUUACAAUCUCUCAACUUCUUCGUUCUCUUUAAUUUGUCAAAGCUUGAAUUGGUAACAAGAAGUAACAAUGUCGUCGACCAUGACUAUGGAUGCGUGGUUAGCCGAGUUGGAAAUGGAAAUGGAUACAAUUCCUAGUUUAAUCAACAGCCAUUGUGAGCAAAGUGGAACAAUGGAAGCAGCAGCUUUCGACGAGCAGCUCGCAGCUACGCUUGCCGACAAUUUCCCUUAUUCUCUAUACGACACCAGCGACGCUACCUCUCCUCAAGGAGAUUUUGAGUGUAACAAUGUCAUCGAACAAUUCAUAUCAACUCCUCUUAUUUCCGAAACUAGUGAAAACCACACCGAUGUUGAAGAGAUGAGCCAACCACCCAAAACUAAGGAAGAGACGAAGAAGAAGCAAGCAGUGAGUAGUGGUGGUGCAAAGAGGAAACGACAGCCAAGUCAAGUGCAAGAUCACAUCAUCGCUGAGAGGAAACGUCGUGAAUUACUUAGCCAGUUGUUCAUUUCACUCUCUGCGAUUGUUCCCGGCCUCAAGAAGAUAGACAAAACAUCGGUGUUAGGAGAGGCAAUCAAACAUAUGAAGGAGCUUCAAGAGAAAGUAAAGGUACUCGAAAGUGUCAUUGCAAAGCGUACAAUGGAGUCCGUCGUACUUGUCAAAAAAUCAAAUUUGAUGUUCGACGAAGGAAGUAGCGAUGAUAAUGCUUCCUCGUCGACUACUGUAGAUGACUAUUGUAGAAGCAGCAAUAACGAUGAUGGUGAUAGCAGCAGUGAUUCACUUCCUGAAGUUGAAGUUAAGAUACUGGGGAAGUCCCUUCUCUUAAGAGUGUACUGUGGACAACAAAAGGAUAUUUUGGUAAAAUUAUUCGCAGAGAUAGACAAGCAUCAUUUGAGCAUUACUAAUUUUAGUGUCAUACCAUUUGAGAACCUAGCCCAAGACAUCACCAUUGUUGCAAAGAUGGAAAGAGGCUUCAACAAGAAUGUAAAAGAUUUUGUUAGAACUCUACACAACGCCCUUCAUUUAGCUAGCUGCCAACGCUUUGAUUUUAACCAAAAUGAAUAUUCCUCAUAGUUCACUUUGUACGUGUUCUUUGCAUUUUCAUCAAUCUAAUGGUAAAAGUACAGUAAUAUUGAGAAGACAUCUCGGGGUCAUAUAAUGUCGUUUGAAACCAUAUAUGAUCAUUAUUUGUUGUCAUAAAUGUUCGUU